AUGCCCCAAACACCAGAAAAGUGCGGCCCAGCGCUGGGAAUUGAACUCGACGGAGACAGAGAACACUACUGGCCAGGCGAUGUUAUAACUGGUCAUGUUCAUCGACAGGCCCCGACCGUUUGUCCAACAGCGACCGUCAUGAUAAUGCUUCAUGGAAGAGCCAAAUCAAAGAGUGUUGUGCCUGGGCACCGCAACAGCGAACAUCGUGGAGAAUUCACGCUCAUUAAUAGUCCAAAAACUGUGAAGACUUUAUUCAGUGGGCCGAUUCAUAUUGCAGCUGAUGGCGGAGGACAAAAUAAAUGGCGCUUCUCCGUCCCCCUACCGCCUCAUGUCGAGCUUGGAGGCGGCAGAUACUGCACCGAGAGCUUCCUAUCUAUUGAACCUUCCUCAGUCGCACAGGAUGAACUACCUCCUAGUUUCGAGGUAGGAUGGACAGGCGACCUUGAUGAGGCCUUUGUGGAGUAUUAUCUCGAAGCUGGCUUGAGGCAAGACGCGAAAGGUUCUAAAGGAACCUACACUGCCAUCAAGCCAAUCCGGAUCUUACGUUUUAAUCCUGGAUCAUCCAUUACGAGCAACAAGGUGAAGAGACAUGACACAGAGUUGACAGUCUCUUCCUUCCAUCUUGAGCCCAGCCUAAAGAAUGCCAAGUUAUCCAGAUCCCAGAAGGUGAAGAAAGUGUUCGGCACUCCUUCAGUCCCGUCAUUGACUUUCAAGGUCGAGGUUGGUGCACCCACAGUCAUCCAAGCAGAUGAUCCGAACCCUUUCCAAUUUUCCUUGAGGGCUAUUCCUCAAUGGGACCAAUCCAGUAAGAGUCUACGUGACGUACCGCAGACGUUGCAGCUCACGAGCCUGGACGUCAAUAUCUGGACCAUUGUGGAGGUGAAAACUGAACAACGGCGGCCGAUAGGAGGCGGCGAAAAUGGUUGGAAAUUCGCUACCAGCCUGGACACAAACAAAGCUCUCAAAUCGCUCUCCUCUCCCAUUGAAUUAUAUUGCUCUAAUGACAGCCCCACGAUCGACGUCGGCAAAAUUUUCAACUUCAAGAUCCCGCAGUAUUUAACGCGUCCGGCAGAUAGUCGGUGGCAUGAGUUCGUGCGGCCUGGGGUCGUUACGUACAAUAUUAAGAUAACCAACCAGCUCAAAUGGGAGAUGGAGUUCAAGAUAGCUGGAGAAAUUGCAAAGGUCGAUGGCAAAGGGGAUCUUGAGGUGCUGUGGCCUCCACGUGAAGCAUUUGUGCGCCCUCCAACUGGAAUUCCAGCGGGCAGCAAUCAAUCUUUGGUGAUACCUCUUAUCGAGGACGAGAAUCCCCCAACCUUUAGAGAAGUGCAAGAGGAGGAUCGGCAGGCAGGGAGAGAGCCAGUGACAGGUAACGUAGGGGAGAAGUCUUAG